AUGAGUGGGAACUAUGUAGCUGAUGCAAGAUUACAAGGUAUCGUACAAAAAGAGGGCCAUGCAGAUAUCUUAUUCCAGCCAUUUAUGGACCCUAUUGACACUAUUGGUUCAGCCAAAAAGGCAAGGGCAAGAAGAUCGUUGCUCUUAAAAGACUUGCGUUCCAAACGUCAAAGAUAUAGUAGUCCACAAGAAUUACAUGGCCAUACAAUGAUGAAUACUCCAAUGUCAAUGGCUCUUAGGCAACCUUUGCAAGAAUUGACUCCAUCAUUCCAAAAUAGUUAUGCCGGUUCAGAACCUAGCAUAUCAAGACACACUUUUAGGACAAAUUUUAACACGUCGGAAAUAGGUGGUCUGCAAACCAAUUUAUUCGCACAAUUUGCAGGAUUUUCGGCGGCAAAGGAGAACGAAUCCUUUACUCCUUCAUCAUUUGUUAAUUUAAAUGAACGGUCAUCGGCAAGGGAAAGGGGAGUCCUUGGAACUGGAAGUUCUGCUAAGAUACACACGUGCCCAGCAAGUUCCAGACCAGGUCGGGGUAGGCCUAAAAAUGUCUACGGGGUUCCAAAUAUUGCUAGGAACUUGACCAGGAAGUUUCCUAUUAUCGGAAGUACAAACACCGCUACGCCGGCCUCUACUCUCGAGGGAAAUGAACAAUUCAACAAUCCAGCUCUGGACACACUUAAUGCGUCGACUGCUAAUGCUAAUUUUGUUCUUCCAACUCAGCCAGUUCAAAAUCCGUCUAAUGAAAACAACGCAUCGUCUUCCGGAAGUAAACAACGAAGUACUACCAUCCUCAAACGAGGUAGGGGCCGGCCUAGAAAACAAUUGGCUGAGCUACCAUGUCCGCCGUCGAAUUUGAAUAGCCAGUUCACCUUCCAAGGCUAUGCUACGACAUCUUCUGUUACAAAUGGGCAACCUCACUCAAGAAUUUUAACUACACCGUUGGAAAUACCUCCCAAAAUACCCAGUGCUAGAAACCAACCUGUCUUUCGUGAUGUUCCGCCAGUAACACAGUCCACACAGAAUAACCAUCGUCGCUCGGAGCCAACAUGUCCGAUUUUUACACCUACGGUCAAUAUGGAUUUUAAUAGCGACUCCGACAAUGAUAGCGACUACGACCCUUUUGCAGCAUAUCAUUCCGAAGAUGAAAUUUGUUCAGAGACAGACGAGCAUGAAGCACCUUUUGCAAUCCAUGGCUAUGCAACCGGAACUGAGUCGGAAUAUUACGAUAUCGGUUCACCUCUUAUCGAAUGUCGGUAUUGUAAAGCAAUGAUGUGGUAUCAAGAGAGGAUGCACAAGAGUACCCACUCUGCUAACCCGAAGUUUAUGAUGUGUUGUGGGAACGGAAAAGUUGAACUUCCACUGCUGAGACAGCCUCCGGAACCACUUGCAACACUUUUGUUUGAUCACGAAAAUAGUGUUAGUCGGAAGUUUCAACAACAUAUCCGACUAUACAAUAUGAUGUUUGCAUUCACAUCACCGGGAGCAAGGUUGGACAAUCGUUUUAACAACGGACGUGGCCCUCCAAUACUAAGGAUACAAGGUCAAGCGUGUCAUCGCAUCGGAAUCAUGUUGCCUCCUCAAGGUCAAAAACCAAAGUUCGCUCAGUUAUAUAUUUAUGACACCGAAAAUGAGGUGGAAAACAGAAUGCAUCAUCUAAGGAACAAAGAGAACAUUGAUCCUUUGGUUGUCAAUCAAUUGUCCAGCAUGUUGUAUGAAUUCAAUCCUCAUGCUACGAUCUUUCAAAUGGCAAGACACUGGUUGAAUAGCGGUGAAACUCAAAACCUCAAACUUCGACUGAUCUCGAAUUGGUCUACCGAUGGCAGAGUGUAUAAUCAGCCAACUGUUAGUGAAGUUGCAGCCUUGGUUGUUGGAGAUAUAGACACAACUGAGAUGAGGGAUAUAAUAAUGCAAACUAGAGGAGGAGGACUUCAAAGAAUCAACGAGCUCCAUGCCGCUUACAUGGCUUACCAGUAUCCGUUGAUUUUUCCGUAUGGUGAAGAUGGCUAUAGACCUGAUGUAGCACAUAGGGACCUACCUGUCAACGAAAACAGCAUCAAAUAUAGGCUCACGAUUCGCGAAUGGCUGGCCUUCCGCAUUCAAACCAGAUCAAAGGAAGCUAAGACUUUGUUAUCUUCUAGAAGGCUGUUCCAGCAAUUUCUGGUCGAUGGUUACACUAUGUUAGAGUCCGAGAAGCUAGAAUGGCUGCGCAAAAAUCAACCGAAGCUUCGGGUGUCCAAGUACAACUCUUUACAAGAAGAGGGCGACCAAAGUCAAGCUCCAGGUUUAACCAUGGGUAAACGAGUGGUGUUGCCUUCGUCCUUUGUUGGCGGUCGUAGGUUUAUGGAUCAAUUGUACUAUGAUGGAAUGGCUAUAUGCAGUAAAGUUGGAUUUCCAGAUUUGUUUAUAACUUUUACAUGUAACCCCAAUUGGCCUGAGAUUCAAAGGGUGCUUGGUCCUCUUCAUCUAAAGCCUCAAGAUCGACCAGAUAUCAUUUCUAGAAUUUUCAAAAUCAAGUUUGAUCAAUUGCUGGCAGAUUUGACCAAAAAUGGUGUUCUUGGCAAAGUGCUUGCUUAUAUGUACACCAUUGAAUUUCAAAAAAGAGGAUUGCCUCAUGCCCAUAUAUUGAUCUUCUUGCAUCCUUCAAACAAAUAUCCAAGACCAGAAGACAUUGACAAGAUCAUUAGUGCUGAAGUACCCGAUCCCGAAACACAACCUCGGCUAUACAAUUUGGUCAAAUCUCACAUGGUUCAUGGUCCUUGUGGUUUGGCAAAUCAAAAAUCACUUUGUAUGAAAGAUGGGAGAUGCACAAAGUUUUAUCCUAAGAAAUUCCAAAGUACAACUAUAGUGGACCAAGAAGGAUACCCGGUUUAUAGGAGAAGAAACAACGGGCACACCAUUCUAAAGAACGACAUCAUCUUUCAUAGUGGUCAUAUUGUUCCUCACAAUCCAAGUUUGUUGUUGAAGUACGAAGCCCACAUCAACAUGGAAUGGUGCAAUCAAAAUACUUCUAUCAAAUACCUUUUCAAAUAUAUUAAUAAGGGCUCCGAUAGAAUUUCAGCAAUCAUACAAGGCCAAGACAAAAACAACGUUGAUGAGAUCAAACAAUAUUUGGAUUAUCGAUACAUCUCCCCAAGUGAAGCAUGUUGGCGGAUAUUUUCUUAUUCUAUUCAUGGCAGAAAACCAGCCGUAGAAAGAUUGUUUUUUCACAUGGAAGGUGAAAAUUCCGUGUACUACAAAGACUACGAGCAGGUUGGUGAUGUGUUGCUCAAACCAAGUGUAACGGAGUCCAUGUUUACGGCUUGGUUUGAGGCUAACAAAACUUAUGAGGAAGCAAGGUUACUAACUUAUGGGGACUUUGUUUCUAAAUUUGUCUAUCAUAAACGAAGUCGAAGUUGGAAACCAAGGAAGCGAGGGUAUACCAUUGGUCGACUGAUUUGGGUUCCCCAAUCCACCGGCGAGUUGUUUUAUUUAAGAAUGAUGCUUACCGUCAAGAAAGGUCCGUUGUGCUAUCAAGAUAUCAAAACGGUUGAUGGUAAGAAGUGCAAAACUUUUAGAGAUGCGUGCUUUGCGAUGGGUUUUUUACAAGAUGAUCGUGAAUUUGUCGAGGCAAUAAAAGAGGCGCAUCUUUGGGGUUCGGGACCUUUUUUGCGCAAACUUUUUGUGACAAUGUUACUUUCGGGAUCCAUGAACAGACCUGAACAUGUUUGGAGAAAGACUUGGAGAUAUUUAUCGGAUGGCAUACUCUAUGAUCAACGGUUAUUGGCAAGAAAUCAAGGUUUGACAAUGAGCGAUGCCGAGCUUAAGGAACGGACACUGAUGGCUAUUGAAACACUAUUGCAAAAUAAUAAUCGUAGCUUAAAGGACUUCAAACCAAUGCCAGUUCCAAAAGAGGAUGUCGUUUUCUUUACAGGAAACAGAUUACUUUAUGAUGAACGUCAAUAUGAUGUUGUUGAACAACAUCAAAUUUUUGAACAUUUGUCUGCUUCUCUUACAGAUGAACAAAGAGGAAUUUUUGAGGAAAUCAUGGAUGCUGUAGAGAAGCAACAAGGAGGUGUUUUUUUCUGUAUGGCUAUGGUGGAACUGGUAAGACCUUUAUGUGGAAAAAUUUAUCAGCAGCACUUAGGUGGAAGAACAGCUCAUUCUAGAUUUAGGAUUCCUGUUCCGACUUUAGAAAAUUCUAUUUGCAACAUUGAAAAACAAGAUGAUCUUGCUGGGCUUCUAAAGAUGACAGAUUUAAUUAUAUGGGAUGAGGCUCCUAUGGCCAAUAAAUUUUGCUUUGAAUCUCUUGACAAAUCCUUAAGAGAUGUUAUGAGUGGAAUCCCCCAUGCAUCUAAGAAAGUUUUUGGUGGUAAGGUUGUUGUGUUUGGUGGUGACUUCAGACAAAUUCUCCCUGUUAUACCGAGAAAAACUAGAUCAGACAUUAUCCAUGCAACAAUAAAUGCUUCUUAUAUUUGGGAUCAUUGUAAGGUCUUGAGGCUUACAAAGAACAUGCGCUUGCAAAAUGGUGAUAAUGAUCCUUCUACAGAUGAUGACAUAAGGAGCUUUUCUGAGUGGAUUUUAAAAAUUGGAGAUGGGACCAUGUGUGAGCCAAAUGAUGGUUAUGUUGAUAUUUGUAUUCCAGAUGAGUUCUUAAUUUCUAGCUUUUCUGAUCCAAUCAAGGAAAUUGUUGAAGAUACAUACCCUGAUCUCAUUCAUAAUUAUCUUGAUUCCAAUUAUCUUCAAAGUCGUGCGAUCUUAGCUUCAACAAUUGAAGUUGUUGAUGAUAUCAACCAAUAUAUCACAAAUCUUAUUCCAGGAGAAGAGAAAGAAUACUUUAGUAGUGAUUCUAUUGAUAAAUCUGAUGUCACUAGCUUUGAUGCAUAUGAGCAUGUGACACCCGAGUUCCUAAAUGCUCUCAAGACUUCGGGACUGCCUAACCAUUCAAUCAAGUUGAAAUUUGGUGCCACUAUUAUGUUGAUGCGCAAUCUAGAUCAGUCUGAAGGAUUGUGCAAUGGUACAAGGCUAACUGUAACCCGACUUGCUAAUCAUGUCAUUGAAGCUAAGAUCAUUUCUGGAAAAAAUAUUGGUAACUUAUUUUAUAUUCCUAGAAUGUCUCUAUCUCCCUCACAAUCGCCAUGGCCGUUUAAAUUGGUAAGGCGACAGUUUCCAAUUAUUGUUUCCUUUGCCAUGACUAUUAACAAAUCCCAAGGGCAAUCACUUGAUAAUGUUGGUUUGUAUUUGCCUAAAGAAUUUUUUAGUCAUGGGCAAUUAUAUGUGGCUAUCUCAAGAGUCAAAUCGAAAAAGGGUUUAAGGAUUCUUAUUCAUGACAAAGAUAAUCAAUCUAUGAGCUCUACCACCAAUGUUGUAUUCAAAGAAGUGUUCCAUAACAUUUGA